CAGACCAUUUAAAACUAGGCAUGUAGCCUGCGAAUUCCAUUCUGGGACACCACUUACCUGCCGCCAAACACAUCAAUUUUUGGAAAGAAUGUUGCAACCUGACACUGCUUUAUCAUCUCAUGUAAAGAAAUAAACAGAGAGGACACCAACAAAUAUAGACCCUCAUCUACUUGACCGGGAAGGCCAAGAUGCUGCUCUCUCGAAAGAAGGACUCUUCCAAGCCUUUGACUUCAGAGGGUAUCGCCGGCAAAUACACCAAGCGAGAAUCAUCCCCCAUUCUGCAAAGUUAUAUAUCUCCAGUGGUACGUCAUGGGCCAGCCAAGAGCCGUCGUCGCACCCCUCCAAGCUCCGCACAGCACCCCAGCACAGCACACGAAGCACAGAGCGUCAGUGCUGGGCGUUACAGUCGCUCACCCAACGCUUCAGUACAGAGUCUUGCCUCGACAGGCGCAGAACCCGGUGUGUCAGCAUACAGCAGUCGCUACACACCUUCAUUGGCUGCGCAACCAUCUCGGGGGCAGUAUGUACAAGACAUGGUGCCAGUCAGUUCAUCAAUAGGAAACUUGAGGCAUCCGCCCCCUCCAGGAGGCAACUUGGCCCUUCCCCUCCCCCCAGGGUGGACGGUUGAUCAAACAAUGAGAGGACGCAUCUUUUUUAUAGACCAUAAUACCCAAACAACUCACUGGAGUCACCCAAUGGAGAAGGAAGGACUGCCGGCCGGCUGGGAGAAAGUUGAAUCCCCGGAGCAUGGUGUUUACUACAUCAAUCACAUUUCUAAGAUGGCCCAGUACCACCAUCCAAGUGCAAGAAACAUGCCCCGCUACGAGCCUCCCCCUCCAGCGCCCAAGCAAUUACCCAUCGCCUACCCCCAUAGGGGAGCAGGGGGCCACCCUCAUGCACCCGGCACUGAGCACUCCGGGGGCCAACAUGUGUGGGUUCCACCAAACCCCUAUCUCUACACAGAAAUCCCCAAGUGGCUGGACGUGUACUACAAGGCCUCGUCAGAGCACGACCACAAGCUGAAGUGGGACCUGUUCCGCCUUCAGGAGCUAGACGCCUACCAGGGGAUGCUGUCCCGACUCUACAAGAAGGACCUGGAAGACGUGGUGAUGGACUACGAGGCCUACAGGCAAGCGCUGCUGAGGGAGAUGGAGCGACGGCUGCUGUACUCCAAACAGAUGCAGCAGCAGGCAUUGCAGCAACAGAACAAGGAGACCAAGGUUUGAUUGGUAUGCGCAGUGCUGUAGUCGGGUCCUUUGUCCAGGUCUUGCAAUAAAUAAUAUGAAAUAAAUAAUAAGUAAAUUUGGUGGACUAACAUCCUUACUCGCAGCAGAAUCUGAAUUGCGAAGGAUGCAGCUACAAAGGCGCAUUAGGCAGCCGCCAUACGACCCAUGUCUGACUACGGAGCACAGCCAGAGAUCGAAAGUGUUGAUUUUUGCAGAGGGAGGAAAACCGGAGAACCUGGAGAAAAACCCUCGUGGCACGGGAGAGAAUCAACGAACAACUCUACUCGCAUAUGACCUGAGCCUAAAAUCGAACCCGGUCCACAGUGGUGAGAGGCGAGCGCUUUACACAAUGUGCCUCCCAUGUCACGCACAGUUGAUGUAGAAGGACUAAGCCUGGAAAUGAGAUAUGAGUACUUGGUUGAUAUUUACGGGUGAAGUUCGGUACAUACUUCUCACAAAAGCGAAAGCGAUAAAAAGGGAAGCAAAGCAAAUCAAAUCAAAUUUCAUGACGCAAAAUUCAUUGAAAAUCCAUUGUGAUAUUCACCAUUACCCUAACAAAUUGACAUCGAGGUUGUUGGUAAUUGGGAAAAAGGUUUGCCAAAAUGUCUAAAUAUUCACAUAAGGACUCUGACUCGUGUCCCAGCCUAAUUCCUUUUGUAAUUUUGUUGUUGACAUUUUCCAUACCUGUGUCAUCAGUUGUGUGUUAAAAUGCCAAGACAUGUAUUCCUACUCCUUCAGAUCAACCAGUCAACAUACAUUUGUACAUAUGUAGCUGUAGCAUUUAGUAUUGAAUGCUACUAUAUGGGCUCAGUGUGCCAACGAAAGAGGGCGCCCUUUUACCUAGCAACGACGUCCCAUGGGUGGGACAUUUAGCUGGUUGAC